GCUGGGCGGAAGUGGCGCGGGCGGUUUGGAAAGCGGCGGUUUCAGCUGUGUCGCGCUCGGGGUUCCGCGCCGGCCCGCAGCGCCAGCCGGCCUGGGACGGCCGCGCCAUGUCCACCCCUCCGCUGGCGGCGUCGGGUAUGGCGCCCGGGCCCUUCGGCGGGCCGCAGGCGCAGCAGGCCGCCCGCGAGGUGAACACGGCGUCGCUGUGCCGCAUCGGGCAGGAGACGGUGCAGGACAUCGUGUACCGCACCAUGGAGAUCUUCCAGCUGCUCCGGAACAUGCAGCUGCCAAACGGUGUCACGUACCACACCGGCACGUACCAAGACCGGCUGACCAAGCUGCAGGACCACCUGCGCCAGCUCUCCAUCCUCUUCAGGAAGCUGAGACUGGUGUAUGACAAAUGCAACGAGAACUGCGGAGGGAUGGACCCCAUUCCUGUCGAGCAACUGAUUCCCUACGUGGAGGAGGACGGCUCCAAGAACGAGGACCGGGCCGGCCCGCCCCGCUUCGCUAGCGACGAGAGACGGGAAAUCGCCGAAGUAAAUAAAAUUACAUGAAGUUCUUUUUGACCAACUCAGCCUAUGGAGCAUACAGCUGAGAACUAAAAGCAGAAUUCCGUCUGGAAAGUGGAAGGGCGAUCCAGAACUCAGAGUAAAGCCCUUGGAAGAGCCACACUGGCGCGCAGUCACCUGCCUGCCUCUCUGCUCCGCGGAGUCUACCUUCCUAGCUUGCAGUAUAUUCGGAAGAGCAAAUGAUAAAACUUUGCAAGUAGGAAAUUAAAUGUCUCAACACCUGAAUAAGAAAUUGAGGGAGUUAGCAAAGUGUUAUCCUCCCCAGCCUCCCCUAAAAGUUCCUGACUAGAAUGUAUUUAUUGCUGAACAUUUUCAAAAGACAGUGUUCAGAUAGUUCUCAGGACCCUAAAUUAGAGAGAGCUGUUAGUUCACUCUGUGGUGGAAACAUGGCCUGGGUGUACCAAACCCUAAUAGAAAUAGCAUAAUGAAUAAAACUACCAACUUACUCUCACUUGGAAAUACAAAGUUCCUCUUCUGACACUCUUAAUGCUCUUUAACAGAACUAACAGUGUAGCACCCCAUCUUAAAGAGGGUUUUCUGAGCUAGAAUGAGGACAAUUGAAUUUAUAGACAUAGUACCGAAUGUCCAGUUACCUUGGGAAAAUCUUGUUCUCAGGUGGCUGAAAGACAUCUGAUAGAGUUUAAUACUGGUUACUGAUUCAGAGAACACUUAAAACAACCAAGAAGAGUUUUUGUUAACUUUUAUUUCAAAUAGCUAACAUUUUUAUACAGAUGAAAUACAGGUUUUCCUAUUUAAAAACAGGUAUAAAAUACAGUAGUAUUUUAGUAUUUAAAUUUGAAAAUAAAAGUAGCCGUACUUUUUAGAAGUCAUACCCAGUUCAAAAAAGAAAACAGAUAAAUAUGCUGUUCGGAAACAGGAGUUAGGAUACUGUUUACAGACCUGUUAAAAUGCCCAGAGGACCUCAUUUGAUAAAAAGUAAACUCUGUAAGACUUCUGUAAAAGGGCUUAACACAAGAUUGAUAACAUUUGUAUAAUGCUAUAAACCAUAAUAAGUUCACAGUUGCAACAAGAAAUAUUAAGUAGACAGGAAUUAUGUUAGUGAUAUUGUGACUAACCUUACUAAAAUAUAUAAGUUUUGAGUAAUUAAAAGAACAUCUAAAGUUCUUGAGAGAGCAAUAAACAUAAAAAUGUACACUUGGUUAUUUUAAUACAGUAACAGUCCAAAUCCAAAUAGGACUUUUUUAAAAGCGUGCAAAAAUAGUAGGAUUUUAGUGUAAUAACAAUUAAAAAACAAACCCCAGUAAAAUCCAAAUGGGUUAUUUUUCCUUGAAAGUACAAAGAUUUUAGAGAAACUUCUGAUAAAUAAGAGUAAUAAAGCACAAUAAUUUAAUUCAGAAUUUAAAAUGUAAUACAAGGAAUUUAUAAAAGCAAUAAUUAAGCAUGUGUUGUGGGUAUAAGUAUAGACCGAUUAUUAAAAUUACAGCUCAUAAAACAGCCUUCCCAUCAAUAUGAGAAUUUAAUAUGACAGGAGAGGGAGCGUAUGGAAAAUUAGGCUUUAAAAAUAUAGAAAAUUUAGUGGAAAAUUAAACCAACUUUUAUAUUAUACCAAUAUGUCAAAAUGGAUCUCAGAGUGGAAAAUAAGACCUGCAAGACAAAAUAUUGGAAAAUUCAAAGAAAAAUGUAUUUCAGAACAUAGCAGAAAGGAAAAAGGUAGAUAGAUUUGGUAACUUUUUUGAAAAGAUAACAUAAAGAUUCCAGUCAAUAUUUCCAGCAAAUGUGUUAAUAAAUCAGUAGCCAGUAUAACAAAGGACUAAGAUUGCAAGUUGGUCAAGAAUGAGCAAAAGAUGGAGAAUUUUAAUUUAGAUCUUAAAAAAUAAAUGGGGUUGGUGGUCUUCAGUGUGAGCCAUUUGUAGACUCAGAAGUGUUUUGGGUCUGUUGAUGAUGUGCGUGUCAGUCCGGGACCCUGCCGUCCCGUCAGCCGGUCUGCAGCUGUCCUUCACUUUCAGAGCAGCUGGACUCCGGUUCCCCAGGAAGGCGGGCCAGGGGCACAGGGACUCAGCCACCUGUGGGCUGGGCCUCCAGGGUUGUCGUCACAGUCCCUGAGCCCGUGGGAGGCUCCCUCUGUCGGUCCGGGUCUCCCUGGGGGCCAGCUGCAUGCUCAGGCUUUGUUGGCCUGCGCCCUUGGGCUGCCGUCUACUCCUGUGGGUCGCUCACCUCUGUCCUCUUCAGCUGAAAAUGUGCCCUUUGCUCUGCGGUUCUGCUUCUGAUCACUUCUCUGCUGUGGGUUUAUAGCUUGUUUGUGCUUCUGCCACUUUUAUUAGGGCUUUGGAAAAAAGGCUCGUGUGUAUUUUGAUCACAGAUUUUGCUGGAAGGUAUUUUUUUUAAAGAACUGUUAGGGAAACGUGGCUUCUCUUGAAUGGCACCGGAAGUUCUUGCCUCGGCCUCAGAGCUCUGUCUGUCUUCCUGGAAAUUCCCAUCCAUUUAUUUUGAGAAAGCCCUGGAGAAGUAGGCAGUGAGCAGACAUGAAGGACCGCAGAAACUGAAAUUUCAGGCUCAAACACGGAAAAAGAGUAAAAUCAACCGCCUAAAAGCAAGCAACAUGGGUAUUUUUCAGUAGAAAGUGGAUUUUUUUUUAUUCUUUUUUUAUCUGAAUUGAGUAUAACAUAAAUUUUGACUGUGAGCAGAAUAGUUAACAUUAGUAUUGCACUUUAUUAUUUUACUCCAGCUUCUUCAAAUUCUGUAUCUUCCUUCUAGAAUACAGGAUUUGAAGUGAUAUUUUUAAAACUAGGAACUCAUAAUCCAAUGAUAUUUUUUUUCCUUAAUGGCACAUGUGCUUGAGAGGGUUCCCAUGAGAACUGUUGAUUUUGAAUGAUAAACUGUUCUAAUUUAAUUAUUUAAUCACAAGAAUGCUAUUAAAAAGGUAAGAUUCAUUGAUUGAUUUUCAAGUGUUUAUAAACAUCUGUAUUCACAGACUGAAGUUUUUGUCUUUUUUCUAUUAUCAUCAAUUAGUGGACAUUCUUAUUAUGCAAGUAAGGGUUGCCGAUUUUUGUUUCUGGUUUUUCAGUGUGUAGAUAGGAGAGUUUUACAGGUGAUGGGAUCUCACCAGUGUGUUAGUUUCUGUCACUGUAGUAAAUACCAAAAGGUUUGUUUUGGCUCCCAGUCCAGGGACUUCGGUCCCUGCCUCCUUGGCGCUGUUGCAGUGAACCCAGGGCAGCGCAGUGUGUUGCCCUCACCUUGCAGUAUGUGUUGGAGGGGACCCGGGGUGUGGCGUUCCAGAGGCCCUGGAGGCCCUGCCUUCAUGACCUGAACCCCGGGGGAACCCCCUGCAAGUCUCCUCCAGACGGUGCCCACGCAGGGAGCCAGGCAAUUUCUCAGCAUCGGGCCUCUGCGGGCCUCUGGUCCGAACUGCAGCAGCGAAUACGGAGACAGGCACAGGCCGAAGUCCCCACCGGGUUUCGGUGUGCUGUCUUCUAGAUUUAGAGAAGGCUUUAGAUUGGAUUCUUUCUUUCUUUCCCUUAAUAUUCAAGUCUUGGGGCGCCUGCUCUGUGCGGGGCAUCGUCCUGAGUGCUGGGACCUCCCGUGAAGCAGCCCUGUGUGUCUGGUUCCUCCAGGUGUGUGACCAGCACACGGGUUUCUUCCUGGGGAACACUGGGCUCUAAUGGGAACAUGGGACUCUUAACAGGAAGAGGGGACUUUAAUGGGAACACGGGACUGACUCUAAGGGGAACGUGGCAGUCUCGGCUUCCUGUGCUCAUGGUGUGGCCUGAUGGGGUUUUUUUUUUUUUUUGUUAAGGCAAAAUAAAACAUUAAGAGGUACAAAUAUGCAUAUAGUCAUUUAUAAAUAAAAGUAGUAUAAUUUACUCAUGAAAAAAUAGCUAAAACCCACAAGCACACUGGAUGUUUGAAGGAUUCCAUAUUCAGUCUCCAAUCACUUCCCCCUCCAUCAUGAUCUGUUAGUUACAGCAAUUUUACCGUGACUACAGGAAAAGCUCUUACCAGUGAUCAUCACACAGGGGGAAAGUUUUCAAGAAUGCUGUUUAAAAAUGAACCAGUGCAAACAAAUUCCAAUUAUAAGGGAUACAGUAAGGCUCGGGGUUAUCUUCGUAAAAGUAGAAAGUAAAAAUCCUAAACAUGUAUUCAGUAAGGAAGGACAAAGCAGACUGCAUUGAUGGAUCUUUACAGAAACAAAAACACUGCAUAAUAUUUUUCAUGCAUUGACAUUUGCUUAUAUCAAGGUGCUUUAUGGAUCUAUAUAAUAGGUAAUAAGAUUAUAUUUUUCACAUUCAAUUAGAACUAUCCAGUCUUCUUAGAAUGCCAAUUUCUUUUUAUUUUAAAUGAACAAAAUAAAUAAUGUAUUCUCUUUAUCCCCGAUUGGUCACCUUCACAUGCGGCUCUGUCUUGGAACCAGUAUAGGGACACGUUGAUUACAUUAGUCUAUCUGGUUCCUAGUGACAUGUGCUGACCACAGUGCCAUGAAACUGAGGUGUAGAAUUUAUAGUCAACAUUUGAUGUAAGCCAUGAUUAAAAUGGCCUAGUAUAGUAGCUUUUUUGGUUUAUUUAAAUACUUUCCGUAUUUUCUUCACAUAUAUUAGAAUUCUUAAGUCCUGAUAUCCAAUUAAAAAGGUGAAUUCUUGUUUCAGACUCUAUGCUUUAGGGACAUUAAAGCUAUUCCACUGACAGUGAAAUGAAAUUGAAAGAAGUAUGGGUAACAUUUAUAGGGUUGACGCAUAAUCAAGCCCAUGCAUUUAGAAACCAUUUUUGAUCAGGUGUCACGGCCUUUGUAUGAAUAUUAAAUUACACAGUAUGACUUAGCAUAAACACAUCUCCUAAGUACUGCAUCUACUCUGCUUACACGUUCACCUGUUAAUGUAACAAAUUAGGCACAGCUGACGGAUUUUGAAAAUAGCAGCUGUCAACCUCUGUUAAAAUCAAUCAGGGCAAGAGUGUAUAUAUUAAAUCCUAUAUCAUGUCAUGAAAAUUUAUUUACGAUUUAGCCACUAAUAAGCAUAACUGUCAGCUUUGCCGUCGAUGUCUUGUGAUGUGUUUUGACUCGAGAUAUUUUGCUCCUGUGCUAAUUUUGUAAUUUAAAACUUUGUGGUGUCUUUGAGAAAAAGUGUCCAUAUGUACCUUAUACGAUACUUUUUUUAAAAAGUCUAUUGGCUAGAUUUCAUUGUUACCCUAAAAAUACUCUUUAUCUUUUUGGAAUUAAUGAGGCUUUAAGAAGGAAAAACACAAAUACAUCAAGUUUAUAUUCCCACAGAGUACCCUCAAACAGUUUUACUGGUAGGCUUUCCAUUUAUCCCAGUAAUGGCAACAUUGUGGGGCCAUCAGAAUCCUGUUUCCAUGCUGAUUGUAAAGUCUGCCUUUAACCACCCAAGAAUAUCAUUUAUUUUUACUAAAAAUGCAGUCGCUGAGCCUCAUUCAUUAGACUUGGCCUUUCGGUGGUUUUCAGCUGUUUCUGAAAACCUCCUCCGUCCUCUUUUCAUGGGGUGUGCCGUAGAGUCCACUCCAGAAGGUUAACCUGCUCUGUGUGCCGUAACCACUUGUACCGUCAGGACUUUGAGUGGCUCCCAGUUACCCACUCACCACCAAGCCAGGUGCGUCCUCCUUCCUCCCUCGCGUCCGCCCAUUUUUCUGGGCCCCACACGCGUCCUCUCCUGCUUGGCUGCCCUUUGCAGUCAGAGGCAUGUUUCUCUCCGGGAGCUCUGCAGCAUAUGCUGUUUCCCUCGCCAUCUGCCUUCCUGGUUAGAGUCUACCCAGCUAGGCGCUGUCUUCCUCCUACUUGCUUUGAAAGUCUGAAACUUGCAGAAUGAUCAUAUUCACCAAUUCAAAUUAGAUUUUCUGUUCACAUUCUUUCUGUAGUGCUCCUCUUGAAAAGUUGGAAAUGAGAGAGGCGUUGUAGUAGCUGAAGAUUUCACAGCUGAGGGUGAAGGGCCACCUUGGAGCCGUUUGUUUUGCAGCCAUGAAUUCACUAAACCAGACUUACUGUUUAUCUUGGUCGCUGAUUGUCAUCUUAACCUGUGAGUGUAGGAAAAACAGUUGGCAGGGACCUUCAGUGCCGCAGUCCCAUCUCAUAGCAGAGAAAAUAGAACAGGAGGCUUUGUCUAGGUUCAAAUGACAAGUUAGAGACAAAGUUAGAACUCGAACUGAGAUUGCCAGCCUGCCAGUGCUCGUACGUGCUGCUGCCGCCCUUGCCCGGUGGCACAGGUGUUGAUUUCUGGUCUCUGGGGUGAAAAAGGCUUGGCCAUGCCUCACCUGUCCCAGUAGUGUCAGGUCAUUGUGUUACAUAACAUGCACAACUGCUUUGCUGUCUACUGCAUGGUCGCCCUGACAGUCCUUAGGGGAUGCCUCACCUGGCAGCUCAUCAGGGAGCCUGGAUGACUGAAAAUACAAAUAGUUAAUCUGUUUCCACAGAGACCGUGUUAAGGUGAGCCUUAGCCAGGUGUGGUAGCAUGUGACAGUAAUCACAGCACUCUGUGCAUCUGGCUUACAAAGAUCAUGAGUUCAAGCCCAGCCUGGACAACUUAGCAAGUUAACUUAGUGACUUAGCAAGAUCCUGUCUUAAGGAUAAUAAUAAUUGAGUUAGAGACGUAGCUUAGCAUGGAGGUGCUGGGUUCAAUCCCUAGUUCAAAAUAACAGUUAAUAUUGUGAAAGAUUAUCAGUCUCUGUAAAUUGCUUUUCCACUUUUACUUUUAGUUAUCUAUUUCCUGGCUUUUCUAACUAUUGAUGGACAGAUAGGCAGCUAACAAGAUUUAGGUAUUGAGUUGUGCUGGUAAAAAUGGAUAUUCAUGUAACAGUAUCUAACUGUACUUAAAAUGUGAACAACUGAAUCGUAGUUUGCUUUUGAGUAAAAUGAAAAUGAGAUCUCUGAUUGACUGUGUGCUAGCUUACCUGGAGGUUGUUUAAUGUAGUAUCCUUAAAAAAACCUAAUAAAAUAUGUGUCUCCAAAUUUCAUGUUCCUAAAAGAUUUUGAACACUAAUGUCUAACUAGAAACUCUCAACUUUUAUCUUAGUUUACUUAAACAGAUAUUUGCCACAUAAGACCUGAAGAAAGGGUGUUUAGAAACUUUAUAGCCCAUAGUCUAGUGGAACCCAGCAGUGGAGCUGCACAGACACCAUGUGCCCGCGACGCAGGCGCGCAGCAGAUCGUGGCUGUGAAGUUGCUCUCGCAUCCGGCCCUGCGCUGUUUCAGUGUGAGCACAGGCUGUACCUCCUGCGGGGGCAGGGUGCCGUCGCCCACAGUUUGGAAAGGCCAGUUGCAUCAGAGGUGGGCGUUGGAUUGUGCGUCGUCCUUCAGGUUGACAGUUUAUGUUGUGUCUGCCAUGAGCAUUUGCUGGAUACUUCCUUAGGUGCCAGCAGUUCUAACACUACAUGAAUCAGAUAAUUUCAUCCCCCUGAGAACCCCAGGGAGGUUGGCUCCUUACCUGCGUUUUUCUGCAUUUGUCCAGCAUCAUCUGUUCAUAAUCAGAGGCAGCUGAGCUUCUGAACACCCAGAACCUGGCUCAGUGUGUGCUCUGACCGACCUCUGAGUUCUGCCCCUGGGAAAUCCAGAUUCUUCAGCUUUGUAGCAGUUAAGUGUUAGCUCUUCCCUCGGUGCUGGAAGUAGAAGAGUCGGGGGCCUUGUGCCUCAGGCUCCUGGGCUGACUUAGAGUUCAGGAGGCCGUCAGGGAGUGUCUGAGGCUAGAAAAGCGUGGAGACCUGGUGCUUUACAGGAUGUGUGGUUCACUUUUCAUCUAGAUCAUUGGAGUCCUCACUUAGGACAUUUUAAUCUUUUAACUUCAUGCUCCAUAUUUAUGAAACAUUUUUGAUAAAUUCUUUUUAUUUCCACAGAAACUCAAACAGAAGAAUCAACAGCUGAAGCAAA